CCGUUCUCUGACUGCAGUCUCUCGCGACGAGACGCUAUUCCAAAGAGCGGGCCCAAAAAUUAACCUCUAGUUGUCAAAGUCACUUGUAUAUUUAUUAACCGGUACCUAAUCUCUACGACAGUUCACACGACCAUCGACAAAAUGGCUAAAGUGUGCCUGAUGCUGAUGCUGGCUUUAGCCACAGUAGCAAAUGGCGCCUACAACUGUCCAAAAACCAAUGGCCAAUUUGAGGAUGCAGUACAGUGCGACAAAUUUUACGACUGCGUAGAUGGCGUCGCGAAGGAGAAGUUUUGCCCGGAUGGUCUUGUCUUCGACCCUUUGAACCGCAAGGUGAACAAGUGCGACCACGUUUUCAACGUGGACUGCGGCGACCGUCUCGAAUUGCAACCACCACAACCUACGAAAAAAUGUCCAAGACGUAAUGGUUUCUUUGCCCAUCCUGACCCAACCGUAUGCAACAUCUUCUACAACUGCAUCGAUGGCGAAGCCAUUGAGAUCACAUGCACCACUGGAUUGCAUUUUGAUGAGUACAGCGGAACAUGCGUGUGGCCUGACAGUGCUGGUCGUGAGAAUUGUGGCAAGGUUGGAAACAAGCUUAAGGAUGGUUUCGAGUGUCCUAAGGAAGGUCAAGUUGACAGCAGAGGAAUGGCCGUCGAUCAUCCCAAAUAUGCUCACCCUGAAGACUGUCAGAAAUUUUAUGUAUGCCUGAACGGCGUCACACCACGUGAACAGGGUUGCAGCGACGGUACGGUUUACAACGACGAGCAGCAGAGGUGCGACGCUCCUGAGAAUGUUCCUGGAUGCGAGGACUGGUACAAGGAUGACGACAAGAAGGCCUAAGCUGACAUAGGAAGUACUCCUGUCCCGCAUCGGGAUCCCAAAGCCACCUUUUUAAUCCUAUCGUAUAUUUUGUAUAAAUACGAAAGACAUUAGCCUUGUAAAUGUUUUACAAUAAAUGACCAUUUUUCCCUGGAAA